AUGUCCCUAUGUUCCCAUAACAACGGUGCUGUUGUGCCGCCCACCUUCCCACGCUUCCGACAGCUUCCUGCAGAGUUGAGGAUCAAAAUCUGGCAUCACGCUCUGCCGGCUCCUCGUACCAUACAUCUGGUGAGAGAUGUCAGCGUGGAUAGGCAGCGGCUUUGGCUGGGCUUCGAGGCCCAUUGUAAAGCUACGUUUCCCUGCCCGAAAAUCAUCUCCAACCUCCUCCACGUCUGCCGUGAAUCGCGGCGGGAAGUCUUGUCCUGCUACCAGGCUCUCUUUAACCCGACUUCGGUUGAUGAUCGAUUGUUUCAUAUCCACUACUUCGAUCCCUUGAAAGAUGGCAUAUUCGUCGACAAUAUCUGGCCCUGGGGGCAAGGUGAAAGCAGCAAACCAAGUGGCAUUUUCAACGCUAGGCACCUGAGCAUUCCAUGUAAUACUUGGUGGGACAUGUGGACCCGGGAUUCAUGCAACUUGUUCGGGCAAGGAGGGCUGUUGAGCUUCAGACAUUUGGAGGAAUUGCAUAUCGUCUUCCGCAUUCUGGCCGAUCACGAAAAGGAGUUGCUCAGGAUGGCGGCCCCGUGGGGACAACGGCUGAGCCCAGCCACCCUGUCAAUCUUCUUUCGCCGUUCUUACGAUAUCGACUUCCCCAACACGAAUGUGGAUAUACAUGUAGAAUCUAUCUAUGCGAAGUUUGCCGCAAUGAAGGCUGCCAAUCCUGGUUGGAAGGUUCCGAAAGUCAAGCUUAUGGCUUGGGCAUCCCAGUACUCGACUUCUCAUCGGCCAAAAACAUUUCAUUAA